CUCAACACAAACUGUUUAUAUAAUCUGAAUAGUUCAUUAAAAAAAAAAAAAAAACUUUGUGGAAUUCUCCAAACACUUUCUUAAGAGAAUCCACUUUUGUUUUUGCUGUUCUUGAUCAUCAUAUAUAUAUUCUUUUGAUCAUCAUCAUCAUACAUUUAGUUAAGUCUGAAAAAAAAAAGAAAAAAGAAAAAGAUGAAUAUCCACAGGAGUGGAGCAGGAAGCCAUGAUAGAUUGAUGGGAAACUGUUUCAAAAGUACUGAUUUUUAUGCUUUGGAUUAUCAUCAGCUUCCAAACAAGCUUCCUUAUCAGUGUUUAGGACAGCAAUCCUCAGAUUCAAACAUGGGAUUUUAUUCUCAGCCAGGAUUACCAUCUACAGAGGAAGAGAGCUCAAAUAUUUAUAAGCAGCAGAAUUUUUGGGCAAAUGACAACAACCCUUCAUCAUCAUCAUCAUCAUCAUCAUCAUGUUGCAGCAGUACUAUUAUGGACCAUUUUGGAUCACCAGCUUCUGCUUUGGUUGCAACAGAAAUUUUCAUGGGACUAACACCACAGUUUGAUUUCAGAAAGAAUGGUGAUCAUCAUCAGCCCUCUUGCAAUUAUAUUAAUCCACCCCAAAUGUCCAAGAUCAGGCCUCAAGAUUUACACAUUCCAUCAUCAUAUGUACAACAACAGCAACAACAACAAGGGAGCUUUUUGUUUGGAGAUUCAAGUUAUGCAUCACAGGCUUAUAAUGCUGCCUUUCCAUCAGUUCCAAAAUCUCAACCCUCAAUCAGCUACAGAACUAAUCCCUUCAACAAUCUUAGUGAGGAGGAGAGACUUCUGUACUUGAAAAGCAAAUUACUAGAUGAUAUUGAUGAUUCAAACAAGAGACCACGGCCGAAUCCCCUGGAGCUAAAUCAGGAGAUUGGAGUUCCCUGCAAUUUGUAUGAUUCUCAAUAUCCGAAUUCGAGCCCAGUAGCAGGGAGACCGCCUUGUGGUGUUUCAGGCAUCUCCUGCAAUAAUAAUUCAACAUCUCCUGGAUCAGUAAACAAGACAAGAAUCAGGUGGACUCAGGAGCUGCAUGAUCGAUUUGUCGAAUGUGUCAACUGCCUUGGUGGUGCUGAAAAGGCUACACCAAAGGCCAUACUAAGGCUGAUGGAAUGGGAAGGAUUAACCAUAUUCCAUGUCAAAAGUCAUUUACAGAAAUAUCGAAAUGCAAAAUUUGUCCCGGAAUCUGCAGAAGGAAGACCAGAUAAAAGGGCCAGCCUUUGCAAUCUAGCUCAUAUCGACGGUAAAAACGGUUUGCAACUAAAGGAAGCCUUGCAACUGCAACUGGAUGUCCAAAGGCGUCUUCAUGAGCAAUUAGAGAUUCAGCGAAAGUUGCAGCUGAGCAUCGAAGAACAAGCUAAACAGCUGAAACUGAUAUUUGACAAGCAACAAGAGACUACAAGGAACCUCCUGGAAUCUCAAAACUCAAACAUUACAUCUCCCAGUUACAUGUCGUCUAGCCCGCUCGAAAAUGCAGACAUUCUCAUUUCAGAAGAACUCGAAAACACGCAUUUCUCAUCCGAAAUAAGCUAAGAUGAAAUGGGGAUUAUCGAUUCUUUUUUAAUCUACAUGAUGAACGUCAUAAUUGAUUCAGCAACAUCAUCAAGACCAAAAAUUCCGUACUCGGACAGAAUGGAGGUCCCUUGAAAGCCCCCUUGUCGCAGCAUCAUUCCAGGAGACUGGAUUAAUUUUGCAAGGCAAAAAAUUUUGCAUUGGUUUUUAAGACUAUUCAUAUAGUCAAUUCAAUGUUAUUGAUUGUAUUUGUGCAUACUGCAUAGUGUGGGAAACUGCGAGUACAUACCAAACUCGGGCGAUGUGAUUUUCUGUUACACUUUUGUGUUACAAUCUCUGUAACACUUACCACAUCUCUGAUACGUAUUUCUUUUUGUCGAGCCAAUUCCAUAUAUAGCGAGAUAUAUAACAGCUUGGUUCAUGAAUAUUUCACAUUUCG